AGCACAACAAAGCGAAUGAGAACUCCCUCGAGAGAAAGGGGCAAAUUGGACGCACGCCUGCAACAGCCAACAAAAGCAUGUCACCAGGCCAAUCAACAAUUAGUCUUGGUUCUCAAGGCCCCCCCUGUAAAUUCACAAUAAUGCCGAGUUUUAGAUGGUGCGGAUCAUAUCAACCUCCUCGGUGAACCACCAGGCGAAGCGAGACUACCUAUUUAUCAGCAUUGGUGACACUUAUUAGCAAAUGAGAGGACAAAGUGGCCUGAAAUGACUUACGUCAGAGGCAAUAUCUAAAAUAAUUCUGUUUUCUGUGUUAUCCCCACAGUCAUCAUCGUGAGGGCUUUAACAUCAUGGACAAUGGUAUCAAGCUCCGACCCUCGCAAGUGGCAGCGAGGGGUCUUGAGUUCAUUUCCGGAUCCGCCCUCUGUGAUAUACUUGUCCUUGUCAAUAUUUACCAACGCCCGACGAUAUCGGUUAAUCCUCUCUAAUAAUGCCAAAGCAGGGGGCCACAGCAACGACUGCCGUUUUAGUAGGCCACAUGAAUGUCCGACGCGGGCCAUUAUCACCGACGGGAACCCCGAUAUCAAUUGGGAGUAGGGGCUUGGAGAUCAGCUAACUCCCAAGGUUGCGCGGUUAUUGGGAAUGGUUCUGCACACAACGCCCCGAACUCUGUCAUUUGGUUGCCUCUUAUAUAACCUUUGUUUCAGUGUAAAAGAGGACGAGAAUGACCCCAUCGAGUGCGCACGCUAUCUUAAUUCAUAGGGUUUGGUGAAUACUGAAUUAGUAAUCGUAUCGGCAUAGCUUCUAGAAACUAUUAUUUUUUACCACUUGCCACCAUCCCAGGGGCUCGCACAUACGAACCAAGUUUCUCAUAUCUCCAUAUAACCGUCACUCUUUCGUCCGGACUCAAGCGAGAGUGAAGGGGAACACCAGCUUGAUCACCAAGGCAAUAAUGACUAACGUCCUUGGGAUUAGAUAUGGAUCAGAAAUCCGUACGAAAUCUGAAAAUACCACCGGAUUUGGCACAAAAGAUGGUGAGGUCAUAGAGGCAGGCGUGGAGUUGGAGCAAUGGAAUAAAAGCUCUGGCCAAUGUGAGGCGCUUGUUUCGACAGAUAUCCAGCUUGAUAUUUGCUGGAGCUUUCCACUAGAUGUUAAGGAGCAACUCAUUGAGGCCUUCGUCCUUUCUAAAAAGCCUUUGUCGCAAUUUCCUCCGCGGACAAGUGAUCCCAGGCCAACUUGUCAGGAAAAAGAGGUUAUACACUACUGAACGCCACCAACAUCGUAUUACUACUAUAUUUCUCAUCAUCAUCAGCUUACUACAACGCUCGUCUAAUACUCGCUUAUGCUAGCUCUCUUGGCUCGCACAUAUAUUUUACUAUAAAUAGCUCUAUCUUUUGUAUGAAAUAGAUAUAUUAGAUAGUGCACGGAUAAUAUAACAAGCAGAUCUUGAUACACAUAAGAUUCAUAUGUCUCCAACAUAUCCAUCCGUGACACCCAUUCCGACACAACUUCUCUCUUAGCCAUGCGGAUGGUCAUGCUAUGCAACGCGAAAUCAUUGGUGGUUGUUGGAUUUCCUCGCGACAGCUUUAAACAAUGGAACCAAGGCCGCACACAGGUAGAUGAGUUUCCGAUAGAUGCGCGGAUCUUUCGAGUUCGCGAUCAAAGCAUCGAAACAUGCUCUGUGGAAGUAACUAGGAUUCCUCAACCCGCCAUCUGUGUGUGCGCCAUAGGUGAAUCCAAUCUCGUUGAUGGUGCCGCGGUGAUUUGGAAACAUAAGAGGUAGUCCUCAGCACCUGCAUUCCGGGACUGGUUAUGUGAUAUUUUGCGUUCGUUGCACCUGUCUACGGCAAAAUCUUCCAUCAGUAUAGCGUGGGAAGGUGACUUUGAACACACCCAUCUCCAAAGGCCUAUGGUCGGGUUGCCUGGCUCCACGAAGCGCGGAAACUCUGCGAUAAACUCGUUGCAGAGUGAACACCAGUGCUUUUUGCAAUAAGGGAUGAUAUUGUUGGACGAUGCAAUCGACGGAAAAUCCAUGGCUUCAUCGCCGGCUACGAAGUCUUCUAGUUGACUUUUUUACCUUCCCGUUGAGAUGCUUUGAUGGUGAACGAGGUGAAACAAAAAGGACAGAGAAAGAGAAUCAGAAAGAGGAGAAGAAAUGGACAAGUGUAAAAAUCAUUUUGAACUAUUCUUCUUAUCACUAUGGUGAUGGAAGUAAUAUCUAUAAAGAAUUUGCUCAGCAUGAGAAAAAAAGAAAACUCUCUCUAAGAAUUGGAUAUUGUCUUAGACACUCAAGAGAUGCCCAGCAUAAUUAACAGGGAACAGCCUGGAACAAGAUGAUUCAGCUUCAUGUAUCUUGAAUAUAUAUAGCAUUGACUUUGAAAGAAUUGUUCUGCAUGCAGAAGAGAAUAUCACAAGAGUUGAUAGUCAAAAGACUUCUAAUAUAACUCUUCACAUUGAAUUGCUUCAUGUAUGAUCACUGACAGGCUGAUCACUUGAUGAGGCAAUCUACCUGUAGCUCCCAAGUGCCACAAAUAGCAAUAAUUGAAGAGGAGGAUUGACAAA